AUGUUCAAGUUACUAAGACCUCUCAAAGCAGGUUCUUCGUUGAUUCUGAUACGGCAUAGUGCUCGUUUCAACUCGAACCUAGUCAAAGAUGAUGGUAAGCCCUCUGGUGGUGCUUUGAAUGGCUCGUCUUCGUCAUCAUCCUCGCUCGAGAAGUUACGAACCACCCAGUACGAGUAUCCUAAGAACCCCCAGUUCAAUAUUCCUCCACAUGUUAAAGAAAAAUCCAAUGACAACUGGCUCGUCAGGUACGGAAAAUACAUUCCUAUAGCUAUUGCCCUUGGGGUCGGAGCAUGGUCGUUCUACAGUGUGUACUAUUUCACCAACCCCGACGCUGGGAAAUCAGGGCAAGAGAUCUUAUCCCCAGACCACUUCACCGAGUUUAUGAUCACCAAAAAAAAAGAAAUCGAUGACGACCACUUUAUUAUUGAAUUGGCUCCAAGAGUGAAGAGUGAUUUCCUUCUGAAGUUUGUCAAUUCUAAAGGAUACUGGGACGGUUCGAAGCUUUGGAGCGUCGAGGUCAAACAACCAGAAAUCAUGGUGGUUCGCAAAUAUACCCCAUUGCCAGUGAUAUUGGCAAAGGCUGGAGAAGAGGGUCAGUUAGCAAUGAGGCUCAUUAGUGAAGAAGGAGACGUUGGGAAAUUUUGUCUUUACAUCAAAAAGUACCAAUCAGGAGAAGUGGCCCGCUGGAUCUCCAAAAGACCAGUCGGAUCGAUUCUCGAAAUCCGAGGUCCUUAUACUGAAUAUCAGUUCAAACCCCAGCCAAUAGAUCGCUAUCUGGAAUUUGAACGUCCUAAGAUGCAAAACUUGCCAUCGAAAGUGCCAUCUGAUCCCUAUACCGCAUCAUUUUUACCCCAAGGAGUACCGCUUCCCGAUAAUUUAGUAUUUUAUGGUGCUGGCACUGGUAUUGCCCCAGUGCUCCAGUUAUUGUUAUCGAAAAACCCAUUCAAAGGACACGUUUGGAUCAAUUAUUCUUUCAAGAAACAAGCCGAAGUACCAGAAGAAUUCCUCAGAUUAUUUUACUUCCUUGAAAAAAUGGGCAGAAUUACUCUACAAACUUUUGACGAGUCUAAGAACCAGUAUUUAACCAAUGUUAUGACUCCUUCGACCCCUAACAUCCAAGAAAUUGAAACCGAUCCAGAAAUCGAAUUGGAAGUGAUCAAACAGCGGAUCGUUGCUGAAAAAAUGAAACAAUUGAAACAAAAUGGAGAAGCAACUAAUGACGAUACCCUCGGAGAACUUGAAAAACUAUUCAAGGAAACUGAAGCCAAGAUAACCGUUGGUAAACCAAAGGAAUCUAAUCCACCACCUACCACUAAAACUUCCGAAUUAACCUCAUAUAACAACGCUUUGCAUCAAGGAUACAUAGAGCGUGAUCAGCCAAAGAAAGAUCCAUCAUUGGCAAUCAUCUGUGGGCCAGAAGGUUACAUUGGCUACGUUGCUGGCCGUAAACCAACGGAGCUUCAACAAGGGAAGGUUGCUGGGCUAUUGGGCAACCAAGGAUGGGACGAAGCUAACGUAUUUAAGAUGUGA